GUGAGCAGCAGCCAGGCAGGGAGCCGGGCAGAGGCAGCUCCAGCAGCAGCGUCUCAGCAGCUGAACUCGGACCAGCUCCUCCAGCCCCGCGCAGGAUGUUCCCGCUCCGAGUGUGGCAGUCGCGUGACUGUGGCCCCGUGUGGCUUCGCAGCAGAGCCCCAGCGUCCAGCCUCCUGGGGCCGGGUCCCCACAGCUUCUGGGACCAGCUGGUGUGGGACGUGCAGACGCAUCUGGACGAGAUGGAGCGAAUGAGACGCUCCCUCCUUCUGGCUUAUCCCCUUCUCUGCGGGGAGGGCGAGGGGAGCAGGACCCCGAGGCAGAGCAGCCAGUCCCUGGCUGAGGGUGCUGGGAAGGAGCCCGGGUCCCAGGCGCAGGGGAAGGAGACGUACCAGCUCUCCAUGGACGUGAGCGGCUUCUCCCCAGCUGAGCUGAUGGUGAGAGUGGACGGGAGGAAGCUGACGGUGACGGGGAAGCAUGAGAAGAAAACGGAGUCGGAGGCUGGAGUCUGCUCCCACGAAUACAGGGAGAUCCGCAGAGAAACUCUCCUGCCGGAAGACGUGAACGUGGAGGCCGUGCUCUGCUCCCUGUCCCAGGAUGGGCAGCUCUGCGUCGAGGCGCCACGUCUGGCCCUGCCAGCGGCACAAGGGAGAGACAUUCCCAUCAGCGUCUGCCAGGGGGUGAAGGCAGGAGAAGGAAACCUGCCCAUGGAGGGAAAGGAACCGGGGAGCAGCGAGAUGGAGACAGGAGGAGAGAGUGAGGAGACCAGCCCCAGAGAUUCCUGAAACCAGC